UUGAUUUGUGUCCUUUGCGCUUAGAUGGACGCCUGAGACCUGCAAGAGACAGAGAGAUACACUGAUGACACUGCAAGAGAUCUUAGCAAUGAGGGCAUCAUUCAUUGAGAAAUGUCGAAGAAGCCCCAUUCCCGGAGCAUCAGGCAAUUGGAUGCCGGCAGUUUGGCAGCUUUGGCUCGGGCACUAGGGCUCCUCACUGUUCGGAAACCAUCUCCAAAUGCGAGAGCUCAGUCAGACAAACGUUUCGACGAGAUAAGUGUAGCAGCUGGAUGCGUACGGGAGAUGAAGCUGGAGCAUAUGACCAACAUCUCCUUUGCCUUAGGGCAUCACAAGGAGGCCACGGUGCUUUUGGCUGAAGCUGAGUUCAAUCCAAGUGCCUUGGUGGAUCUUGCGUGGGCUUUUGCAAAAGCCUGGCCUUGCUCAAACACUGAAUAUGGGGCUUCUCGCGGCACUGCAAGUGGCAAAGGACCCAACCUAAGGACUUCUGAGCUUCAAGUUCUUCAAGUAAAAAUUGUUAAAGCUCUUGUCAAACAUAACCUACAAAGGAGCCUUUCCACAUACCAAGUUUCGAACCUGCUGUGGGCACUCGCCAAGACAAAAGUGCGCACAGGCGCUUCUUUGGAAGGCUGGGAAGACAUUGAUGAGGUGGAUGAUGAACAUUUUGGAGCGAAAGUGAUGCACAGAGUGCAUGGCACUGCGAACACUGUGGCAGACACAAUUCUGCCUUUGAGGUGUGCAGAACAAAUCCUGGCCGAUCUCGCAUGCAAGUCUUUGGCACAUAAAUCGCUGCAUGAUCUUUGCAGGAUUGGCUGGACAAUGGCCACCCUUCGUUGGACACACAGCCCUCUCCUCCAAGAGAUAUGCCUCAUCAGCAGUCGAAGAAUUGCUCAAUGUGAACGGAUUUCACCCCGACAUUUAGCGCUUUUGGCCUGGUCAUUUACCAAACUGCAUGUGGAAAAUCACAGCCCCUUUCUGCACAUGUCACUUCUGAAGUCCUUGGAGCUCCUUUCGGAGUGCACUGGACAAGACUUGGCCAACUUGCUUUGGGCCUUUGGGUCGACGCCGAGCGUUCGACCGCAUCGAGACGUGGUGUCGACGGCGGUGUCGGUGCUGGCCGGUAGAGCAGUGUCCGACCCGAGACUUUCAGCUCAAGGAUUGGCAAAUGUACUUUGGUCAUGUGCAGGUUUGGGCGUCGGAGACCUGAAUUUCAAAGGAAUGGUGGAUGCUACUAUAGCUGCAAGGGCUCAGGAGCUGCAGUUGCGGGAUCUAUCAAACCUUGCAUGGUCUUUUGCAAUGCUCGCGUGGCACCCGUGUGAUGCGAGAGCAACUGGCAAUGUCAUGCUCCACCGUGCAGGCCAGAUACUUCAAGACUUAUUGAACGCCCCUACAAUCGACGGUCGACGCUUGCAGAAUGAAGCCACUGCAAUUUUGAGUCUUGUUUGGGCUGAGACCUUCAGUGGAAGAGACGUCCGUUUCACUGAGUUCGGCCAUUUGGCGGCUGCAAGCUUGCAACGAGUAGGUCUGGCACUUGAUCAGAGAGGAGGCUUCCAGCCCGUGCUCCCUGUCCGGCCUGUGGAAGAGGCUAUGACCGUCCGGUGCGAUCCACAGAUCUUGUUCGAUUUGCCGGACCGGAUGGUAUUGAUGAAACCAUCUGGCUGGGAGGUGGAUCAGGCGCCCUCCCCCCGCGGACCGACGCCCAGUCGGCCGACUCGGAGGAAGCUGUCCCUUUUCGCCUCGAGGCAAUUCCCAGCACGACGCUUCCCGAUCUUUGAAGACGCUUCUCAUCAGCAUGGCUUCUUGCACCGACUGGACUUGCCUAGCUCUGGCUUGAUUGCCAUGGCGAAGAGCUACCAGGCAUUCUACGACUUGAUGCUGCAGUUGCAUACAGGUACCAUGCAGAGAGAUUACAUUGUGCUGUGUCAUGGAUGGUUUUCUCCAGCAUGUCAACGGAUCGAAGGCAAUAUCUUGUGGUUUGGCUCAAGUGAUUUGCCCAGCGCAACCAUCAAUCAAUCCGACUUGGCUGGAAGACCGGCAGUGACUUGGACGCGAGUGCAGGCACAUUUGUGGAGGGCAGAGCAGAAAUUCAGCCUGGUCGCACUCCGGAUUUCCACCGGACGACGCCAUCAGAUUCGAUCGCACAUGGCACACAUGGGACAUCCAGUGGUGUGUGAUGCGAAGUAUGGUGGCUGUUCAGAAGAGCUUUGGCGUCGAGAGAGGCAAUAUGUUGAAGACAAGCAGUGGUGCCCUCGCAAUUUCUUGCAUCGUUACAGGCUCCAGUUUCAAUUAUCUUCAGGAAGGCCUUUUCAAGCACAAGCUCCACUGCCAAGCGACUUGAAGUUUGCCUUGGCGGAGUUGUCGCCCAGGACUAGCUGUAGCGUUUCUGAUUUGCAGUUGAAGGCCUGGCUUUCGAGUGAGCCAAGUGAGCUAAUGGAUUGGGCCGACUUGCCCACUCUCCCCAAUGAUUGCGUGGAGGAAGAGAGCAAGAGCUCAAGAGCACUAGGGUAGACUCUACCCCCAUAUGAAGGAUUGUUCAAUCCAAAUGGAUCCAAAUGGGGGGUGUUUAUUGAUGAAG